GCCGCGGGCGGGCAGGCAGGAGGCAGUCACUGCUGCGGUCGGUGCCGGCCCUUCCAUGAGCCGUCGCUGCCCGCCGGCCGCCGCCUCGCUGCUGCGGGGGCUCAUCGGCCCCGCCGCCCUUUGCCUGGGCAGGAGUAUGAGCCUCUGCGGGGCGCCGGCCGCCUGCGCCGCGGGGCCUGCGAGCGGCGGCGGCGGCGCGGGCUUCUCAGCGCGGCUGAGCCCGCCCUGGCUGCGGCUGCCUGAGGUGCCGGGCGCGGAGCCGCAGCGGGCCAACGAGCUGCUGCUGCUGCUGCCGCCAGCCCCGCGGGGCCCGGCCCCGCCGCAGCAUCACGUUGUCUACUUCCCGGGGGACGUGCAGAACUAUCAUGAUGUCAUGUCUUGCCACCCAGAAAACUUUCAGUGGGAGAACUGGAGUUUUGAAAAUGUUGCUACCAUACUUGCUCGCCGGUUCCCUAAUAGCUUUAUUUGGGUUGUAAAGUGUUCUCGAAUGCACCUGCACAAAUUCAGUUGCUAUGACAACUUUGUGGCGAGCAACAUGUUUGGAGCACCAGAGCACAGCACUGACUUAGGAGCUUUCAAGCAUCUCCAUGCUUUGCUAGUUAAUGCAUUCAGACUCUCCCAGAAUAUUCUGCUGUCCCAGAAAAGUGUGCACGGUGUCAGCAAGGAUGCAAAAAUAGCUGCUUGUAAAUCACAGCCGCAGUCUGUUCCUACAACGAAUGGCUGCCCAUCCACAGAAGGAGAGAGAGAUUGUGAAUGCUCUAAUAAUUCUGCUAUGAACUUCAUUAUACCAUCUGCUGUAGGUGCAGUGUCGUUUACUUUGAUUGGCUUCAGUAAAGGUUGUGUGGUUUUGAACCAGCUGCUUUAUGAGCUGAAGGAAGCUAAAAAAGACAAGAAUACAGAUGCCUUCUUAAAAAACAUAAAAGCAAUUUACUGGUUGGAUGGUGGGCACUCGGGAGGAAGCAAUACGUGGGUUACUUACCCUGAAGUGCUGAAAGAACUUGCAGAGACAGGAAUUGAAGUUCAUGCUCAUGUUACGCCAUACCAAGUGUUUGACACAAUGAGGUCAUGGAUUGGGAGAGAGCAUGAGAAAUUUGUACAGAUACUUGAAGAAUUUGGUGUGGAAAUAAAUGAUCAACUGCAUUUUGCUGAUGACGCUCCCUCCUUAGACAACCAUUUCAGAAUUCAUGAAGUAUUUUGAGACUGUAUGUAUCUGAAUAGUAUAUUCAUUGUAAAAGCACUUUUGAUACUGUAAAUGUUGUCAUUUAGAUUUACAACUUUGAGCAGAUGCUUUCUGAGGAGAAUACUAAAUCAGUCCUGUGUUGCUAAUAGAUACUAUGUAAAAAUUUCGGUAGCUUAAAAAGGAGUAUUGGGACCCUAUACCUACAACAGAUGUCACUUGAUUCCUGGAAAAAAAGUGUUAUGAAGAACUAUUCUAUACAUUUAUUUUUUUUUGUGAAAUGUGAACAUUUAUUUUCAAGCUGUUGGCAGAAUUUUUAGUCCUGGGUGUCUAAUGUCAUAUACUGCCUUUAAAGUACUCAAGACUCUCAAAUGUCUGGCUACUUCCAUUUAGUAGCUUCCAGGGCUAAAAACUUUGGUCUUUGUCAAUAACACAUAUAACGUUAGGUUUUUGGCUUAAGGAAAACAAUGAUUGACAGAACAAUCUUAGUUAUAUAUUUUCUUGACAAUUGCUUUAAUUAAUUAAUUAAAUCUUCCAGUUUUGUAACAGUUCUCCUAUUGAAACAAAGUCACAAAUAUUUACCUUUGGAAUAAUAGUGCCAAUCCAUUUUUCUUCCUUAUGUGCGCCUUGCCUCUUCUGUCGCUACAAGUUUCAUUGUGUAGUGUCUGCCAGUGAAUAGCUGUUUCUCCUGAGGGCUCGAAAGUUUUGAUAUGGCUAAGUUAAGUGACCAAGAGUGUUGAUGAAAGUGUAGCCUACUGCUGUUUCAACAUACCUUGCUAUUGCUUUGACUAAUUUCUAAAAGGACCAGCAGUAAUAUCUGUAUUUUCAAGUCAAAAGGUGUCUUUAUCCCUGCCUUGGACUGGUGAGUAUUUUUCUUGAUAAUUGCUGCAUUGAUGUUGAUCUAAAUCAAGCCGUAAGUACAUAACAUAUUACAAGUUGCAUAAAAAUUUUAGACUGUGUUGACUGCAGCUGUUUCAAAAUGCUUCAAUUUUUAGAACUAUUAUCUCCUUUAAAUGUAUAGCAGUAGUUGCUUCUACAGCCACCCAAAAGUCUGCUUUCAGACCCUAAUUUUUCUUACAGAAAAAAUACCUCCUCUAAUUAAAUACAAAGCUGGGCAAAUCGGAUACAAAAGAUGGAAUCUAGUUCAGAUCCCAAACCUGAAUGUUCUUCAGAAAGAAUUGCUGAAAGAUGGACAAAUGAAGGUAUUAGUAGAACUUUUCUAAUGUUGUAAGUAACUUUUUCCAUUUAUCUAUGGAUAAAUCUUAGAACCACUCUUAAAGACAACUGCAGCUAUUAAGAAUGAACCAGUAGCUUAAAAUGGCUUUGGAUUUCCUGGAAUUAUAGGAAUACAAUAGAAGAAUACACAAACAAACGCAGCUCACUGCUGAAAAAAGGCAUUUUAUUCAACUUUGUUCCUAUGUUUGAUGGCUUAGCAACCUCUCCCCCUGCUUCUUGCUUCUCGUUUCUCAUGCCUCUUACACUGUGAAAGCAAAGUCCUGGUUCAUCUUUCUUCUGUUGGCAUCAUUAAAACUUAAAAGGUUCACUGGAGACAGUAUUUUCACAACUCUUAGAGUGUUUGUGCACGUUAGUGAUCACUGAAGAAUGAGAAAAGUGUGUUGAACUCUUGAGAAAAUUUUCUUAACACUCAAAAUAUUAAGGGUUGUAGGAUUAUGCAUAGACCGUGUACCUUACAAUGUGAAUGUGAACUCUGUUGCUAAUAGUAAAUAGACUAAUCUGUGUAGUUGAUCAAAAGGGGAAAUAAUUUAUUUUAAUUGAUGGAGAAAAGUGGAACGUGCAAGCUAACUCUAGCAUUUUAUGAAAGAAUUUGAAAUCUAGUUCCAUCAGCUUUUUUUCUAAAACUCUUUCUUGGAGACUUUGUUCAUUCCUAUUUAUUGAUUAUCUCCCUAAUGGGCUUAUAACAACUUGUUUAUGUGUUCCAAGGAAGGCUGUUUCCCUUUUUUGGUCCUUUUGAUAACACUUGCACCAUACACGAGGACUUUUUUCUGUAAAGGAAAUAUGGGUCAUGUAACAAAGUGGUUUCAAUAGGAAGCCUACAAAUUGCUUGGAAUAUCUUUGAUUGCCCACUUAUAAAAUAAAAUUUAAAAAAAUUAACAACAGAAAACCUCCAAAUGCACCACUGAUCUUGUGCCCUCUCAUUUCAGUUUUAGACUGAUCAGGCUAACUUGAGUAUGCUAACACUUGCCCUAUCCAAUAACAGUACAGAUCACAGACCAAUUUCUAAACAAUUCUGUGCCAGCCAAAACAGCAGGAGUAGGUUCUUGCAAGCUUUUGGAAACAGCUAUUAAAAUAUUGACAUUGUCUUCGGAAGUUUCUGGAUGGCUGUCCUGUGAAAAUAACAUUAGCCUGUUUGAUGGAGGCUGCUUACAAUAACUGUUAAAUAGGCUCAAGUGUUACUGUUAAAUAGGCUAAAGUGUUGCUGUAUUAAUUUGAAGAAUAAGCACUUUGUUGUAAAACUAAUCUUGUUCUGAGACUUCACGUUGUGGAGAGAAAACUGACUGGUUGUUUUUAAUUCUCUAAACAGUUGUAGUACUCUGUUGGAAUGUGCCUCUGUCAUUCACUACAAUGCACGCUAAAAAUAAAUUUUGCAAACAAUGUAGAAAAUAAACUAUUUCUAAUGGGUGAAACCACUUUGAUGUGAAUGUAAAACCCUUAAACAAGGAAUGUGCAGUUAAGUUCUGUGGAUUAAGCUUUAUCAGAUGUUUGUGGAGAUCUAGUUGGAAAAAAAAUCAGAUUUAUUUGGUAACUUUUCUUCAAGGCAGGCUUUGUAUUUGCGUAGUCAGCAUCUGUAAUUCUAAAGCAGCUUUCUAGCAUCUCACAUACAUGGGAAAGCUGGCAUGAGGUACCCAAGGGUGUGAACAUUUAUUUCUAUGUUAGGAUGAAAUGGUUCAUAGUUUGUACAAGCCUGUCUUUCAACAUUAACUGUAAAGGCAGUUUUUAAUAAGCUCAGAUGUAAAGUUAAGUGAUUCUCAUGCUUACUUACAGUGGUUUAGUUCAAGACAUUUCUGUUUUUGAAUGCAGUGAGCAACAUUACGUAGUCCUUAGUACAACAUGGUAUGUAAUAGCUGGUAUUAUUUAUAUUACAUGCUUGUUUCUUGGACAAUAGACAAGAUACUCUUCAGAUUUUGAGAAAUGCUAAAAUGUUUUAAGCUUUUCCUGUUAAAUUCCUUUAAAACAGGGUUUGAUUAUGUGAAAUUAUCCAGAUUCUGUAUGACUUACAUGAUUUUAUUUUGUGUGCAUCUUAAAUACUAGAAACUUUGGUCACCUUCUUCCUAUGUAGGACUAAUUUAGUUCCAUCUCUGUAAAUGCUAAGGCAUAAAUCAGUAUCAGCCCCUAAUUUUGAAAGGUGAUUAAAGGUCCAAGUCUUAACGUAUUGCUGAAAGGAGCAAUCUUUUCUGUCCUCCCAUUGAUAACAUGGGUAGCACAAGCACUUUAUGGUGAGCUGUUCUAUCUUACUAAACAUUAUUGCUGAUAGAAAUAACUAAUGGAGUGCUAUCUAUUUAAAUAGUCGUAGAAAUUAUUUUCAAUUUGACUCCAAAGUCAGUUCAUGAGUUAGGAUGUUACAACUGUGGAUAUUCACAGGUAAAAGUGAUUGUGCAUCAUCAUGUGCUCGUUUUCCCAACAGAUUCUUUUUGAGCUAUUUGCAGAAAGAAAACAUCAGCUGUUUUCUUCCUCGCUCUCAUGGUGCUUUUUACAAUGCUGUCUUUCCUGAGCUAACAGUUACUUCACCAUCUCUGCAGAUAAACAAUAUUUGUUGUCUGAAAGUUGAAGCACUGAGGUUAAAGUAUACCCAUCCAUUUACUUUGAAUUCUUAUUUUAAAUUCUUAUGAAUUAAUAUAAGAGGGAAGUUAAAGAACAGUAAAAAUUUUGGAAUGUGUGUACUUUUGAGAGACACAAUUUUAGGUCCAUCACUGCUUAGCAGAAUCCACAAACAUGAAUUGUGUGUCUGGUGUCCCUGUGCAAUACAAAAGCAAAGGCGUAUCUCUCAGACUGCAAUCCACAAGAGACAACCUCUUCAAAUCACCUUUGGAGUUACUUCUUCUCGAUCUUUUUAAUCUCAUAUUGAAAUACCAUUUCCUUUUUAGAAGGAUGGUAGAUUAAAGAAGAAAAAAAGUUUACUUCUGAUGCUCAUACCUGAUGAAAAUUUAGACACAUUGAAUAUUGCUGAUGGAGACCCUAGACCAAGGCUGGCUUUCUGUUGGUCUUUAGGAACUCUUAACUCUGUUCAGAUGCAAGGUGAAGUAUUAUCGGCAUAAUUCACUUCUGCUGACAAAACCCACGCAGGAUUAGCUGUCCCACAUCACUGUGGAAACCAUGGAAUACUGAUUCAGGCAGUCAUUUUGCAUAUAAUGUAAUAUGGGUUAUAAAGUAGUGAUGGCUUUGUAGUUGUCUCCUGUCAUUAGGGCUUCAUUGCAUGUUUCCAAGUGACCCAAGAAGUGCGGUAUUCUACUUAACCAAAUGACCAGAAAAGCA